AUGAAUUUUGCGUUGCCAUCGAGCCCACUUGGGAGAUCGGAUUAUGACGCGUUGGACUUGGAGAAUGAGAUGCUUAUGAAGAAGGAAGAGGGUGAGGGUGAGCGGGAAAUUUAUAGUGAUUUCAAUGUGAUGUGCCCUUUGGUUGGCGAUGGAGAUGAUUAUGAAUACCUUGAUAGACUUGAUGGGCGUUCGCCGGAGGAUAUGCAAAAUCGGUUGUCAAGUCCGUCGUCGGAAGAGUAUUGUGGAAAUGCUGAGGGAAGAGGAGAAAUAGCAUGA